UCACGUCCACUCCUCCCGACCAGGAUGGUUGAGCCCAGCCCUCCAGCACUGCACCUCCUCUCUGGCGGGGAUGUCAGCAUGGCGUGUGUUGGUGUCAAAGUAGAACAGGAGGAAUCCGGCGGAGGGGGUGGUGUCAUUACCAAUGCUGAACCUCCUAAGACGUCUCCCUCAUGUGAUUGGUCAGGGAAUCAUCCACUGGAGGCCCGCCAGUUGACCCCACCGCUCUCCCGCUCCCCUUCGGAGGGCUCUCCAGGUAAGGAGCUGCCUCAUAGGCAAAGCCCUAUGGGACUGAAGGAGGCCAGGACACAUGAUAGACCAGAAGGACAAUCCAACUUCAAAGAAGUAAUGCCUACCAUUGAGAAGCUGCUGAAUGCUGACUGGAAGGAGAAACUUCUGGAUAAAAGCACAGUGGGGGCAGGACAACUGAAAGGUACCCCAGAGGCUCUGGCAGAGAAGGAGCUCCAGUUGUUGAUGAUGAUCAAUCAGCUGAGCGGUCUGAGGGAGCAGCUACUGGGCGCCCACUCUGAGCAGAGGAACAUGGCCGCCCUGCUGCUGGAGAAACAGCAGCAGCAGAUGGAACUUGCUAGACAACAGCAGGAACAGAUCGCCAAGCAACAGCAGCAGCUGAUCCAACAGCAGCACAAGAUCAACCUGCUACAGCAGCAGAUCCAGCAGGUGAACAUGCCCUAUGUGAUGAUCCCUGCUUUCCACCCCAACACCCAGCCCCUCUCGGUCACCUCUGACCCCCAGAUGACCUUGCCACUGCAACCGAUCCCCUGCAAGCCAGCUGUGGACUAUCCCAUGCCGCUGCUGCCAAACCCUCACCACACCCCUGUCAAGAGGAGCAGUGGUUCCUUCCGACAGGAAGCCAGUCAGCCCUUGAACCUGACCUCCAAGCCAAAGGGGCUGGAGCUGGGGAAAACACCCAGUCCGCAGAGCCUGGAGCUGGGAUCGCUGGCACUGCAGGGGGCCUACAGGUCCAGAGAGCUCCAGAGGGAAGUGUCCCACAGCCCGCCACGAUCUGCCCUCAGUUUCCUUGGAGACGGCGAUGUGGUCACCCAGGCCAUCCAUGAUGCCCAGCAGCUCCUGAGGGGCCACAGCACCGGAGGACGAGAUAGAGACAGGGAGAGAGAGAGAGAUGGUGGCGGAAAGAUGGAGUAUAAAGAUUCUCCCCGCAGUGAGAAAGUUUCUCCCUCCGAGCGCAGUGAAGACAGACACGGCCUGAUGUCCACUGAGGACCACCUCAGCAGUGACUCUGAGGGUACCCUGCCCGUCUCAGUUCCAGGGUACUCCGAGGCCCGGCCCCCUCCUUCCUCGGGCCACAUCAAGAGACCCAUGAAUGCCUUUAUGGUGUGGGCCAAGGACGAGCGCAGGAGGAUCCUGCAGGCUUUCCCUGACAUGCACAACUCUUCCAUCAGCAAGAUCCUGGGCUCCAGAUGGAAGGGCAUGUCCAACCAGGAGAAGCAGCCUUACUAUGAGGAGCAGGCGAGGCUGAGCAGGCAACAUCUGGAGCGCUACCCUGACUACAAGUACAAACCGCGGCCCAAAAGGACCUGCAUCGUGGAGGGACGGAGGCUGAGGGUCGGCGAGUACAAGGCCAUGAUGAAGAACCGCCGGCAGGAGCAGAGAGCAACCUACACGCACAGUCAAACAGAACCACAGCAGAUCCACUACUCCCACAGUGAUGGCCAGUACCCAGGCAGCACCAGCUCGGUCUCGGUAGCAGCCAUGCCCUUUCACCCUCGUUACUGGAGCACUACCUGCCGCAGGUGCCACCUACGCUGCGUCGAGCAGAGGGCCAGGCCACGCCUACAACCCUGCCCAGAGAGAGGGAGAGGGAACGAGAGAGGGAGAGGCCUCCGUACAGUGAAGGAGAGGAAAGUGACGGGGGAGAAAGGAGCGAGGGGGAACUGGUGCUUCUUACAGACUGAAGGGGAGGGAGGUGGGAGAGGGAAAAAAAUGGAGAGAUGAGAGGGGAGGGGUAGCUGAGGAGGAAGGGUGCUUUUUGUUGACUUACAGUCAGAGAAGAAGAACGAUGAGGAUGGACAGGGGAAACGGGAGUUGUCACUGAAUGAGAGAGUUGCUCCUCUGUUAGGCAAAUGUGAAGAGAAGUGAGAAAAUGUCAUAUGCACUCCCUUGUAAAAUAGUUGUUUUCAGUGAAACCCUGCCUCACACAUGCACACACACACACACACACAUACACACACACACGCAGGCACAAAGGCAAGCUCUUAUCUUUAUCAUUUCCCCUCAUAGACAUGUCAUCAGCUGCUUUGUUUUUGAGUAAAGAAGUCAUGUUGAAGUUUAUCAUUUUAAUCCCUUAUGCUUCUUGUUUCCUCCCAUGUAGACUUUCGGCACCACAGGGAUUCGAUUCAUUGGAAUAGAGUCUCUGUUUUCACCUGUUGGGCAGCUGAGUAACGUCUCUGGUUGAAGCAACAGGCUGGUGAUGGAGCUGUAUGUUAACAGUAUGUCAGUCCUGCCCCCUGCUGGCAAAGGCUGGUUACUACAUACAAACACCCAGAGAGGUAGUAUUCUAACAGAAAGUAUUUCACAGUUGAUAACGCUGUUGCAACACAGACUGUCAGCUAAAAUAUUACAAGUAACCCACUAACUGUAAGUCAUGGCUCAGGUUGUCUUGAAAGCGUGCCACCUGAAAUUUGGCACGUUACAAUCUUCCAAUUAAAAUCUGAUCUUGAAGAAAGACUGAGGGGGAAAUAGAGAAGUUGAAGGUGUUUUUCAGCAUUUUAGUAUAGAGUGCUUAAGGAAUGAAACCUAGAAAUUGGUUAGCAUUUUAGCACUCUUUGUUUCCUAUUGUCAAAGUCAGUGGGUUUUUUGAAUGGGUUUUUGGUUUGAAGGCUGAAAUAAGAGCUUUGAUUAACAAAAACUUAAGAGACUUCUACGUUUUGUUCUAUGACAUAAAAUUUGUCAGUUAAUACUUUACUCAUGAACUUUGAAGCUUACAGACGUUUAGCUUAGAGGCUAAAUGGGACAAAAGAACGUCAUCAUAGUGAACACCAUGUUACAGCUUUGUUUUGGUGGCAAUGUUAAGUCACGCAGUUGCGUUGUAGUUUGUUUAAUUCAGUUGAAUUCAAUUUCAAAUAUAAAGCCCGUUAUCACAAUUCACAAUUUCCCUCAGAGGGCUUUACAGUAUACAACAUCCCUCUGCCUAAUGUUACCCUUACACUUCUGGGGAUUCAAUUACGGCUUCAAAAUUCAUAAAAGUGGUGUUAAUUUGUGAAGAUUAUCUUGCUAAACGAAAUGGGUAGGUAUGAUAAACGUUUGUUUUCUACAAAGCUUAUUUUCUGCAAAAUCCAAUGGAAAAAUGACAUUGGCUUUUUGACGGAACCAAGGCGACGCUAACUUUCACGUCGGCCUACAGAAAAACAGCAUCCCUUCAGCUUUCUAUUGCACUACCAUAAACAUGGGGAGCUCAGUUUGAAAAAGAAGGCUUAAAUUCAAAGCAACAGAAGCUGCGAUAUCCUGACUUUUAGUCCCCAGUACCCUGGAUCCUACUUCCCAUGAUUCAGCUUCACACUGUGUUACAAUAGACCCUCCCUCAGUGGUAAAUGUCCAUGUCGUUUCACAUUUCAUACCCCAUUUUCUAACUCUGGCUUUACAGUAUGAACAUUUGAUGUCAUAAUCUCACACGGCGUUAAACCCUAAUGGUUUUUUUUUUUUAGAACAUUUUGCUAGUGAUUCCUCCAGAGCCACAGAUGAUAUUAUACAGCUGUUUUUCACAGCCAUCAAUAAAUGAUAUUAGAAUGACAUCACAGCAGCGUUCUGAAAACAUUGCUCACUUUAAGAGGAUACAAUACGUAUUUAUAUCGGUCUCACUGAAAACAAAAACAGCGCAGGUAUCAGUCAUUGCUUCAUAUUAAUUAGUUGCUCUCAAGAAGCAGACAUUUGUUUGUCAUUGACUCAUUAAAUGUUUUAGUUAAGGCAAUGGAAGUUUGUUCAUACAUUUCACACAGAGAGGUAAUUCAAAGCGCUUUACAUAAUGCAGUAAAAACAUUAAAAAAAGAAGAGAGAAAAACAGCAUUCAGUCAUUAAAAUGCUGACUAAAAGGAUAGAAAACCUAUUAUAAUAGUAGGUAAUUAGGGAGUAGGGAUCUCUCACUGCACCCAAUCAGACUGCCAAUGAAAUUAUUUCUAACCAGUUGCAUCCCAGAUAAUGUACAGUAAAUUAACAAUCUAUCCCUCCUCUUCCUCGUCCUCCCACAUAACACUGUUCAGUUGAGCUGUGCUGUAUAUGCUGUAUUCGUGUGUCUAUCAGUUCCCUCUCAGCUCCCUCAUAGCAUGGUGGGUUGACCUCAGCCUUACCUAUUUUUUUUAUACCUCUGUGUUUGCUUCUCUGAGUGUUAAUUGAUUGUCGUGUUGAGCACCGCCUUUCUGUGCAGCCAAAUGUUUUUAAUGCUGCUUAAGAGAUGCAGCCUUUUGCAGCACUGCAGAAAAUAUCCGACAUACAGCACAAAAAUUUCAGGAAUCGUCAUUUUUUUGGCACAUGUGCAUUUGACCUUGUUUCAAGAUGCUGACAUCAUGAUGUUUUUCACAAAAUUCCUGAAGCUGCAUAGGAAUCAGUUUCAUAUUUGAAGACUCAAAGUAAAGUUGAAUGACAUUUAGGCCUCAUAUGAUGGUGAAGUUGAAUAGGCUGAAUAGGCUUAAAUGUUGUCUUCGUAUUUCAUUUUUCAAAUUUUCCUGCUUCAGACAUCUAACACAGAGGCAAGUCAAUCAUGUCACAUGGAAGCUGUUGUUUAUUGUUUGAUGUUAACAGAGCUAGAGAAAAUAGAGUGUCCCAGGAAUGAGUCCUAAAACCCAGAAAUGAGCACUAAGCACUCCAGUUUCUCCAAAAUCCGUUGGAAAAUCCUGUUUGCUUUUUGAUGAGGGUGACGAAAGAAAUGUAGGCUAAAUAGAAACAAAAGUUUUUAGUGACUGGUCAACUUUAUGAGAACAAAGAAACCAAAAUUAUCCAUUAAUCGAUGGUACUUGGCCAUAGUGUUCCACGUUAAGCUUGCUAUUUGGCUCCUUGUUAACACUUAGCAUAUAAUGUUUUUGGGGCUGCAUACACUGCUAGUUGGGGUUAUCAUAUAAGCAUACUUAUUGUUGUAGUAGAAGCCUGUGCUUUAUAAAGUUUUCCUUGCAGGAAUUGGAAAAUCCUUAGUUCCUAAAACUUGGUUAUCCCCAUGCUAAUGAUACCUAAGUUCAGCAAGCACUGUUAAGUCACUUUCAGUUUCCACAAUUCAUUCAAUGAGUUAACUUACAAGUUCUCAAAUUAAUCUUAAAUUAGUUGCAUUUUAAGCUUUAGGUGUUACAAUUGAAAUGAAAUGUAUGAAACAUUAAUGAUUACUUUUACCUCAUUAUUUUUCAGAUUGUUUGAGAAGGUAUUAUGAGAGUUUUUAAGACUGCGUGCCUUCCAUGACCACUGCUCAGUUGAUGAGUUUAUGCUUGCAUCAAAUAAAAAACAUCCAGAAAUAAACCUGCUACUACUCAAGCUAUGUAUAGCUAUUAGCAUGUUGCUAUUAGCCUUUUAGUAUCUGUGGCUAAUACUUCUGAGCACAUGGAUGGUUUUGGUGCCUUUGUUCUCAUCACUCAGUAACCAUAUUGACCAGUAGGAAUAUUUAACAAAAUCUUUGUCUAUGUAAUUAAAACUGGGGUCAAUCCACUUUUAGCUAAUUGCCAGGAUGACAAAUCAAAAUGGAGGGGAAAGAUUUUCAGACCUCAGGUUUUGGUCUCAUUCAGUGCAAUCAGGGUCAUGGCUGUGUAGAGUAAAGAUGCUGGCUUUGUGCGCAGAGGAAAAUGUUAAUCUUAUUUUAGUAGAGACAUGCUGAGGAGUCACCUGUCGUUACCCCUGCUGAUGUAAAUAUAGAAAGAGACUUUAUUUUGUUUAUAAGAGCCUGUGUAAUUUAAAGGUGUACGUUUCUCUAUGUUUUCAAAGUUUUGUGUUGUUGUUUUUUGUUUUGUUUUGUUUUGUUUUGUUUUUUUCUUGAAAGACAAUAAAUUGGUUGUGCUAA